UUAGACUGUUUGAAUACUCGCAAGUUUUCGAAUAUUAUAAACGAACUUUAAGGUGAUAUUACAGUGUUGUGAUUGAUGAUUGAUGAAUUUUCAAGUUAUGGAUAAUAUGCAGUUUUUAGAUAUAACAGGGUUGGAAGUGGACGAGAUUCGUCACAUAAAUUCUUGUCUGUCCGAUACCCCUCAAAGAAUCUCCUUGCCUUGGACUCUCAAGAAGAAAUCUCCCCAAAAAAAAUUACACAGAAAACCAAAUGCAGCAGUCGAAUGUAAGAAGCCAUCAGACGUUGAUGAAGAAACACUGAUCUCAUACGACAAUGCUAUAUCUGUUGAUACACCCACUUCUAAGACGGAUCAUUUCAUUCCCACACAAGUUUCUACAACGGCUGACAAAGAAACAGUUCCCUCCAAUGAAAUUGCGGAAGAACUUCGCAAUUCACCGAGUGCCCCAAUAUCGAACCUGAUCGAAAGUAAUACCGAAGUGAUGCCUGUUAAAGUUGAAAAUAUUGUGGCAACAUCCUCAGUAGGGUAG